AUGUUUGAAACAGCCAAAAUCGCCCAAGUAAUUAAAGAAAUGCAGAACUAUAAACUGCAUAUUCUUGGAAUUAGUGAAAGCAGGUGGACAGGGUUUGGACAAUCCACAACAGGUACAGGAGAAACCAUAAUAUACUCUGGAAGAGAUGAUAACCUACAUUCUGCAGGCGUGGCACUUAUUUUAAAGAAAGGUAUACACAAACAUCUCAUCGAGUGGCAUCCAAUCAAUGAAAGAAUAAUGACAGCACGAUUUAAUGGCAAACAUGCCAAACUUACAGUCAUCCAAUGCUACGCACCGACUAAUGAAGCUGAAGAUGAAGAUAAAGAAACAUUCUAUAGGAGACUGCAAGAGGUAGUAGAUAAAGUACCAGCCCAUGAUAUUCUAUGCAUUAUGGGAGAUCUCAUUGCAAAAGUUGGUAACAACAACUUGAAUAGAGAACUAUCAAUGGAAAAUCAAGGAUGUGGUACAAUUAAUGACAAAGGGGAAAGAUUGAGCGACUUCUGCACGGCGAAUAGACUUGUUAUAGGAGGAACACUAUUUCCUCACAAGAACAUACACAAGCUUACAUGGAUAUCCCCAAACAGAAGAGAUGUAAACCAGAUCGACCAUUUCAUGGUAAACAGAAAAUGGCGUGGGUCCCUACUCGAUGUGCGU